AUGCAGGUGGACCUCAGCAAGUGGUCCAGACCCUUGAGCCAGCAGGAAGUGGAGGAGUGGCUGCAGCACCUACUGCAAGUCACCUGCAGCAGGGUGGUGGUGGAUGAGUUGGGCAAAGUGCUGACACCUAUUAUUCCCACCCAGGUUAAGAACAGACCUACCAGCAUUGAGGGGUAUGGUCUUGAUCCAGGUAAGCUCUACACCUUGGUCCUGACAGACCCAGAUGCUCCCAGCAGGAAGGAUCCCAAAUACAGGGAAUGGCACCAUUUUCUGGUGGUCAGCAUGAAGGGCAGCAACAUCAGCAGUGGCACCAUCCUCUCUGAUUACGUGGGCUCUGGGCCUCCCAAGGGCACAGUCCUCCACUGCUAUAUCUGGCUGGUUUAUGAGCAGGACAGGCUGCUGAAGUGCGACAACCCUAUUCUCAGCAACCAAUCUGAAGACCACUGUGGCAAAUUCAAGGUGGCGUCCUUCCACAAAAAGUAUGAGCUGGGACCCCCGAUGGCCAGCUUGUUUUACCAGGCUGAAUGGGAUGACUAUGUGCCCAAACUAUAUGAGCAGCUGUCUGGGAAGUAA